GGCGCCGGGGGGUGCGCGCGCGCGCAGAAGGGGCCAAUCAGCGUGCGCGCCGAGGUUUCCUCGCGCUGCUGCCUCCUCGCUCUAUCCCCCCUCCCACCUCACUCCCCCCGCCCGCGCGACGUUGUUGCUGCUCCCCACUCGCUCCCCCCUCCCUUCCCGACCCCCCCUCUCGCCGAGCUGAACCCCCCUCCCCCGCUCGUUGCCGCCGCCAUGGACCCGAGCAACUGGAGCAGCUUCAUCUUCCAGCAGAGUCAUACUCAGAAUCCUCUGCAGGUUGGGACCGAAAUCCAGUCCAGGUUUUUUGCCACACAGGGCUGCAGUCAAAGCCCCUUCCAGACUGCCACCACAACUGCUCCUCCUCAACAGACAGCCACCUCCGCUGAGUCCCUCCAAGUGGACCUCCUGCCUGUUUUGGCUGCAGCCCAGGAAACAGCAGCAGCUGCUGCAGUGGUUGCUGCUGCCACCGGUUCUGCACCAUCUGCUUCUACAGUAGACACGGCUGCCCUGAAACAGCAGCAACCUUCAGCCUCUGAGAGUGGUGGUGGGCAGGUUGCACCACCCACUCAAACCACCCAAGCCCCAACACCCCAGGCAGCUCCUGCCACACCACAGGCAGGCGAAGUCCAGAAGAAGCCGAAGAGCAAAGGGCCCUACAUCUGUUCACUGUGUGCUAAAGAAUUCAAAAACGGCUACAACCUGCGACGCCAUGAAGCCAUUCACACAGGGGCCAAAGCUUCUCGUGCUGGACCCACAACUAUGAAGAUGCCCACCAUGGUUCCCCUCAGCUUGCUUAGUGUUUCCGCCAUUGGUGGUACAACCCCAGCAACUCCUGCCCCUGCCGAGGGUGCAGGAAAUACAGCAGGUUCAGGUGCAGGGCUGGUGACCACUACAGCAUCAGGCAAACGCAUCCGAAAGAAUCAUGCAUGUGAGAUGUGUGGGAAAGCCUUCCGGGACGUCUACCAUCUCAAUCGGCACAAGUUGUCACAUUCAGAUGAGAAGCCCUACCAGUGCCCUGUCUGCCAGCAGCGGUUCAAGCGGAAGGACCGCAUGAGCUAUCACGUUCGUUCGCAUGAUGGUGCUGUGCACAAGCCGUAUAUCUGCAGCCAUUGUGGGAAGAGUUUCUCCCGGCCGGACCAUUUGAAUAGCCAUGUGCGGCAAGUCCACUCAACAGAGAGGCCCUUCAAAUGUGAGACAUGUGAAGCGGCUUUUGCCACCAAGGAUCGGCUGCGUGCUCACACUGUCCGUCAUGAGGAGAAAGUGCCAUGUCAUGUGUGUGGAAAGAUGCUGAGCGCUGCCUACAUCACGGACCACAUGAAAGUACACAGCCAAGGGCCGAAUCAUGUCUGUGAACUGUGCAACAAAGGUACAGGUGAGGUCUGCCCCCUCGCGGCAGCCGUCUCGGCCCCACCUCCUGCUGCCGUCACGGUGCUGCCCAUGGAGGGAGCUUCGGUUGUGAGCCAAGCCCUCCCCACACAGCCCUGGUGAUUUCUGGGAGCAGGGAGGCAGGAGCCAACCCACCCAGUCCCAUCCCUCUCCCUCAUUGGCAGCUGGAGCCUCCAAACCCAGAUGGAUAUGCAGUGACCAUACUUGGGUUUCUAAUUUAAUGGUGGUUUCAUUCAUUCUCUUCCCCUGCCUGUGCUCAUGAAAUUCUGGGGCUAGGAAAGCACCUGCCCAACCAAGCUGGCAGCUCUUGUUCAGAGGGCCAUGGAAGGGCUUUGAUGUGCGUUCAGAGAACAUUCUUAUUUUAUUGAUUCCCCAGCUCUAGUACCCUAAACUUCUACCCCCCCUCCCCAAGAGUCCUGGAAAUCCAUGCACCCACUCCUGUUCCUGUUGUUAGCCAAAUGGCUACAAUGUUUGUCUAGGUCUCUUGCUCAUUCCAGCAGCGCCCCCUAUUGCCCUUAAAUCAACUACCGAGUGAGACAAUGGGUCAGAAGGACUUAAACCCAGCUCAGGAACUGAAAGAAGGCUGGGGUAACUGUAGGACAAAAUUAUGGGGCAGCAUUGCAGUGAGAAAGGGCCCAGAGUUGGGAAUAAUGGGGUGUUGACUGAGGGGUUGAAAGAGCUUGGGAACCCACAGAGAAGUUAUAAGGACUGCAUCAGGACUCGGGCAUCUUAGGUGCCUGGAGCUCAAGUCUGGGGUAGCAGGGGGGCUGCAGUAGGCUGGGGUGGAGAAGGAUUAAUUCUCCAUGUCUUCAUUGUGGAGUUCCCUCCAUUCCCCUGCUGAGGAGCUGUUCUGAAUUUCCCUCCAUGCCCUAGCACCUCAUUCUUCCAUGGUGUCUGUUUUAAUGCUCCAUUCCCUCAGCUUCUCUUGUGAUUUGUGUUCCAAGCUCGUUAGCCCUCCACACCAAGUAUUGAUGCCCCACCUGCUGAACACCUUCCUUGUUGCAUGCAACCCCCACCGUUUGGGGUUAGAGUCUCGCUUUUUUGUAUUAUAUAUAUAUUAAAAAUCCCCUGACAUUUAAAAUAACCCUCCUUUGUGUUUUCUUUUUGUUUUUGUUCUUUGUUAACACAAAAUGUAAUGAAGCAAUGUCCAUCUAUCUUCUCUCCCUAUUCCCUCCUCCUUACCCCAUUUCCUUCCCUCUCCCACGCACCCUUUCUGGAUCUGUGUCUCAACAGCAAAAGAUUUUAGUAAAAACAUUGAAGGAAAAAAUCCA